AUGGUUCGCUCAAACACUUACACGGCACUCGCUGCCGCCACACUCUUUUCACAACUGUCCUCCGCGGCCAUCACCAAGUGCCCCAACGAGGAGGCCGUCUGGGAGACCCCCGUCGGCGUCAAGUACACCGUCUGCCCCGGCUCCGACUACCAGUAUGGCGGCAACAGCCUCCAGGUCGUCAAGGAUGUGGCCUCGACCAAGGACUGCGUCCAGAUCUGUGAUACGGAUGCCCGCUGCUACCGUGCCGUCUACGACACAGAGGACAAGCUCUGCCACGUCAAGGACAACAAGAACAACAUGAACUGGGCCGCCGACGGCCGCUUCGUCUCCAUCCGCAUGACCAACGACCUGCCCGAGGGUUCCUUCCUCGCCACCUGCCCCUUUGACGAGGAGUCGUACAAGGUCCCCAACACCGACAAGGAGUUCCGCGUCUGCCUCAACACCGACUACACCGGCACCAGCGUCAAGAUGGUCAAGGACGUCACCACCGUCCAGGCCUGUGCCGAGCUCUGCUCCAACACCAAGGACUGCACCAAGUCCGUCCACGACAACAUCAACAACGUCUGCCACAUCAAGGGCGCCGAGCCCGCCAACUCGCUCUUCUGGGUCCAGGACAAGCAGUUCACCACCAUCCACGUCCCCGAGACCUACAACCCUGCCGUCGAGGGCAAGUGGGGAGACCUCAUCCGCCUGCCCGUCAUCCCCGUCGCGGCCUACAUCGUCCCCGCCUACCCCCAGCCCGACAGGCUGCUCUUCUUCUCCUCCUGGGGCAAGGACGCCUUUGGCGGCGCCUCUGGCAUGACCCAGUACGGCGACUACAACUUCGCCACCGGCGAGAUCUCCCAGCGCACCGUCACCAACACCCACCACGACAUGUUCUGCCCCGGCAUCAGCCAGCUCCAGGACGGCCGCAUCGUCGUCCAGGGCGGCUCCGACGCCGAGGCGGUCUCCAUCUACGACCCGGCCACCAACAACUUCACCCGCGGCCCCGACAUGAAGAUUGCCCGCGGCUACCAGACCUCGACCACGCUGUCCAACGGCAAGAUCUUCACCAUUGGCGGCGCCUACUCGGGUCCCCGCGAGGGCAAGAACGGCGAGAUGUACGACCCCGAGACCAACGAGUGGACCCUCCUCAACGGCGCCGACGUCAAGCCCAUGCUCACCGUCGACCACGAGGGCAUCUGGCGUGAGGACAACCACGCGUGGCUCUUUGGCUGGAAGAACGGCAGCGUCUACCAGGCCGGCCCCAGCAAGGACCAGCACUGGUACGGCACCGACGGCGACGGCUCCGUCAUGAAGGCGGCCACCCGCGACGACCAGAACGCCAUGUGCGGCGUCUGGGUCAUGUACGACGCCGUCGCCGGCAAGAUCCUCUCCGCCGGCGGCAGCCCCGACUACACGGACAGCGUCGCCAACAACCACGCCCACAUCACCACCAUUGGCGAGCCCAACACCCCCGCCGAGGUCGAGCGUGUCGCCGACAUGGCCUUCCCCCGCGGCUUCGCCAACGCCGUCGUCCUUCCCGACGGCCAGGUCCUCGUCACCGGCGGCCAGCGCAAGUCCCUCGUCUUCACCAACACGGACGGCAUCCUCAUUGCCGAGCUGUUCAACCCCGAGACCAAGGAGUGGAAGCAGAUGGCGCCCAUGGCCGUCCCCCGCAACUACCACUCCGUCUCCAUCCUGAUGCCCGAUGCGACCGUCUUCUCUGGCGGCGGCGGCCUCUGCUACGUGCAGACCAUCCUCGGCUCCACGGCCAAGUGCGACAAGACGGUCGACCACGCCGACAGCGAGAUCUUCCAGCCGCCCUACCUCUUCAACGCGGACGGCACCCUCGCGGCGCGCCCCAACAUUGCCACCAUCGGCACCGACCCCGUCAAGGCCGGCGCGACCAUCACCUUCACGGUCGAGAACUGCGAGGGCCCGGCCAAGGUCGCGCUGAUCCGCACCGGCAGCGUCACGCACUCGUCCAACACGGACCAGCGCCGCAUUCCCCUCGACUUUCAGGUCAACGGCAACGAGUACUCGGCCAAGCUGCCCGAGGACUACGGCAUCCUCCUUCCCGGCUACUACUACCUGUUCGUCUUGAACGCCAACGGCACCCCCAGCGUUGCCAAGACCGUCCACGUUGUUUUGUAA